CUUGCUUCUCUACAAUAUUUACUUUUCAUUGCUUUUUUUUAGGCAGUAAAAAUAAAUAUUGACAUAGAAUCGAAGCUAUUAUCAAACACACAUACGCACACACCGAAACCCUUUUUUCCUUAUUAUUAUUAAAAAAGUCACACUCCUUUGAUUUCUUUGCUGAUUGUUAUCUCUGUCUAUUUACUUGUUUUUAAAGUUACUUAGCUUUCUGAAGGAUUUUUUCCUUUAUUCGCUUCUCUAUAUUUUCAUCAUUUGUUGUGAUACCUAAUAGAAAAGGUAGCACCGGAAUAGGGAAAAGAAUAGGAACAGGCGUUCUGAAUUUCCAAUUAGAUACAUUUUCCAGUAUUUAUAACGACUAAGGUAAAUUAAUUAUCAAAUCGAAAAUAUAAUUUUUUAUUGGUAACGUGAUUGAAUUUGCUGUUCAGCGCGUGUGUGUGUGGUUUGUUACAUCUUUUCUAAUCAGAAUUACUAUGUCUUCUAAUAAUCAUAUUCCUAGUCGCCGAAAAGAAAUCGAUGUUAUGAAGUUGCUGAAAGCAUCCCAAAAGGUGUAUCUGUCGAAGAAUAUUUCCGAGUUCUGGGUUGAGUUUGUGGGCCCCGAGGGCACACCAUAUGAAGACGGGACCUGGGUCCUACACGUGGUCCUUCCCCCUGAGUACCCCUUCAAGUCCCCUUCCAUUGGUUUUGCGAAUCGGAUUUGGCACCCGAACAUUGACGAGACCAGCGGCAGCGUCUGUCUGGAUGUGAUUAACCAGACGUGGACGCCGAUGUACGAGCUCAAGAACAUCUUCGACGUCUUCCUGCCCCAGUUGCUGCGCUACCCCAACCCUGAGGACCCACUCAACCCGUCCGCCGCGGCCCUGCUCCAGCGCGACCCCACCGGAUAUGUAACAAUCCUGCAGGAACACGUCGCGGCCCACGCCACGCGGGCCAAAGCCCUCGCGAGCAUCCCGACACCCUACGGCCCCCCCCCUAAGGCCCCUCCUCCCCCUAAGGCCCCUUCUGAGGGCGUCGUGGAGAGGCUCGAGCACGGCCCCGCGGGUAUCGACGGGGUCGCGAUCUGCCAGUCUCACCAAUGGGAGGAGGAGGAGUACACCCCUGAAGAGAUUGAAUUGUGA